AUGGUCUAUCUCUCUGCGGUCACAGGAGUCGAUCCUGCAACUGGAAGUCUUGUAGAGGGAACAGUGACUCCGGUAUUGGAAAACAUCUACCAAAUCCUAGAGGGAGCCGGCAGCCACAUUGACAAAAGUGUCACAGUGAACAUCUUCCUGACUAGCAUGUCAGACUACCAUCUUAUGAACCAAGUCUAUUCGAAGGCAUUCAAACGGGAGAUUAGCCAAUAG